ACCAAAAGAAACCCAAAUAUUAUCUUGUUGCUUGAGUUCACAAUAAAAAUUGCUGUCAAACAAGAGAAGACUUGAUUCAUCUGCAUCCUAUUCUUGUUUUCCAUAGUUCCACUCAAAGAAAACGUUUGUUGAGAGAGUUAAGUUUGAUGGAUGCCAACUAUUGGAGCCCUUCUCAAGGAGGAGAACAGUCUAUGUAUGUAGAUGAUUGGAGGAGCCAAUUGCUGCCAGAUUUGCGGCAAGUGUUUCUUAAUAAGAUAAUGGAUACAUUGAAGAGGCAUCUGCCUUUCUCUGGUCCAGAGGGAUUACUUGAACUCCAGAAAAUUGCUGCAAGGUUUGAGGAAAAGGUUUAUACUGCUGCCACAAGUCAGUUGGAUUAUGAACGAAAAAUUUCUCUGAAGAUGCUCACAAUGGAGACCAAGUCGCAGAACACAAGGGGCAGCUCUAUACAAUUCAACUCAGCCAGCAAUAGCAAGAGACUCCCCGAUCCUGUUUUAAUGAAUACCAGUAACAAUGGGUGGCCUCCUCAAGGUGGAGGACCAUCUAUGGACACAUCAGAUUGGAGUCAAUUGCCGUCAGAUGCACAAUAUGGAUGGCAACAGGGAGCUCCCCAACAGCAACGGCAGCAAACCUCAAAUUCUCAGCAUUACUAUAUUUACUCGCAGCAGUUUAUGUACCAGCAACAGUUACAACAACAACUCCUCCUUCAAAGUCAUAUUCAACUGCAACAAGAGCAGCAGCAGAUUCCACUACAAAAAAUUCAGUUGCAAUCUUCUCAGCAAUCAGCAUCUGUUAUGCAACCUUCGGUGGAGCCAUUGCAUCUCUCUGUGCAACCUUCUGAGCAAUUGCCGCCAGAUGCGCGACAUAGAAUUGUCAACAAAAUAACUAAUGUGUUAAAGAGGAAUCCGUCCUGUGGUCAAAUGGGAUUACCAGAACUCGAGAGAAUCGCAGCAACACUUGAGGAGAAGAUAUAUGCCGUUGCCUCAAGCCAGGCGGAUUAUCUGCGUAAAGUAAGUCUGAAGAUGCUCACCAUGGAGACGCAAAUCACAGCUCCCCCAUCCAAUGACAGUUUGGAAUCAUUAUUUGCUUCCCUGGAUUUGCAGGACUAGUUUGGUUGGAUGCUAGCUUUUAUGUGCUUCACUUAUUUUCUGUUCUGUAUAUGUCAGCACAUUCUCAUUAUGCCAAAUUGGCUUCUCUUUAAUGAAAUUAUGUCGAGUGUGAGAGAAGUGAUAGCCAAAAGAAAAGAUCUGAAGGAAGCAAUGCUAUAUAUGACAGUAUGACUCGAGUUUCUAUAGUAUUAUUGUGUAACACAAGUGUUCACAUUUUCAA